UCCUCUCGAUUGUUGGUCAUUUCGCUCAACUUAGGGUUUGAGGAGCUUACACAUUCAGGAGGGACUUCGAAGCUUCAUCAAUGGCGCCGAAGGAGAGGAAGCCUAGGGUUACCAGAAACCCAGAUCUGAUACGUGGUGUGGGCAAGCACUCGCGAUCGAAGAUGUACCACAAGCGUGGUCACUGGGCUAUCAAGGCUAAGAACGGCGGUGACUUCCCCCAACACGAUGCUAAGCCGAUGGCACCAAAAGCAGAAGAAAAGCCUCUGAAGUUCUAUCGUGCUGAUGAUGUUAAAAAGCCCCUUGUUAACAAGCGUAAGCCUAAGCCUACUAUGCUCAGGGCAAGCAUCACUCUUGGAACUGUUCUGAUCAUCCUUGCCGAGAGAUUUAAGGGGAAAAGAGUUGUUUUCCUGAAGCAACUUCCAUCUGGACUAUUUCUCGUUACUAGACCAUUCAAGAUUAACGGUGUUGCUCUUCCCCUUUUAUUCCCAUAA